GUGGUUUAAAACACGUCUGUGUCGACGGUUACGGACGCAACGCAGAAAAGUCCACAAUAUUCGAAUGAAGUGCAGCAGACGCGCUAAGCUGUAUGCAACAACAAAGUGUGAGCACGUUGUUAAUAAAUAAAAUUGUUAGCAAUAAAAAUAGAUAGCCAAAUAAAAUGAACCAUAAAGAAAGYAAAUCAAUCUAUACAAAAUAUUUGCACACAGAUGCGGUGCUACAGUGAGUGUAAAAAUUCCGGUGUGUCGAAGAAAGUCUAGUGAAUUGUGAAGAAAUAUUGUAAGUGGAGUGUCAGCAGCAAAUAAAGGAGCAAGUUUAAAUUCUUAAAAGUUAAAGUGAGUGAAAUUAUACAAGGCAAUAACGUGCCAACAACAACAAUAACAACAACACUAUCGCAAACGACAGAAGUUAGUGAAAACCAAAACAUAAAGAACGGCGGAUCCAAGGCGGGGUGGAUUACAAAUCAAAUAAAAUACACACAAUCCGAUUCGAGCGGAAGAGGCGGAAAAUAAAAAUAAUAACAACCGCCGUGCGCGCAACUGAAUUGUCAAAAAAAAAAAAUUGGUAUGAACAGAAUGACAACUGGGCAACGCCAAAAUAUAUACGACAUUACUAAAGCUACCACAACCGAGUUGAGAGUAUCGUGCUAAAACAACAGUAAUAAAGCAGCAAGAACAGCAAACUUGGCAGACAAGCGCUGWGCGUGUGGAGCGACGGGCGCAGGGCGUUGUGAAAAUGGUUGAAACGAUGACAAUUGCCAGUUGUUGCAAGUAGCGUAGAAACUGUCAAAAACUUGUCAAACCAGCACACACAAGUGGCAGCGCACAGAAGCUGCAAGGGAAGUGGGACGACAACAAUACGAGCCGCACACAAGAAACACUAGAACAAGCUGCCGCGGUGAAGACAGCACAAACUAGUUUUUGUGUGAAGAAAAAAACAUAAAUAAAAUUUACGUUGUUUUUGCACCAAAGUCCUUUUAUUUGUCUUGGGCGACACGAAGAACAAGAGCAACUAAUAAAUCCAACAAAAGAAGUAGCACAAGCCUUACUCGAACCAAACAAAAAGCAUAGUUAAGCGUCGAAACAUUAAACCGGCAGUCAGCACCCAGAAAAGGAACAACAACCUGACCCGAAGCUACUUGACGGCGACGACUUGAAGGAGCGCACGAAAAGCACAGCAAAGCCAUAAAAGAGCUUGAGUUUCGCAGAACACAGCAAAAGGUGUGACGAGGGCCGACAGUCGUUGAUGUGACAACGCUGCUCAUACGAAUUUGCAGCGCCAAAAGUCGGGGACGGCUACGAGGCGACGAACGAAGGGCGCUCCUCGUGUACUUUUGAUUGGAACUGCCACGUUAGUGUGCGUAAGAGAAAUGUAAUCAUGCAGAUAAUGCGAGCAUACCUUCAAACGGCAACAAUAACCACUGCUUACUAAUAGCUGYCACAAUAAAAGCAACAACAACACUGAAUAAUCCCGAAGAGGGCACACACAAAUCAUAAGGACAAUAUUCACAAGGGAGCAAAGUGAGUGAAAGCACGCUUCCUUGCUGGCAAGAUAUUCAAAUCAAAAGACGCAGCAGCUGCAACAACAACAACGGCACACACUAGCCGACGGCAGAAAUAAAUGAGCAAGAUUGUUGGCGCACUGCGUGCAAUAUGUCCGUGAGGACAUCGGAAUUCUACGCCAAAGAAAAGCGCGCAGGGCAAAGCAAGACAACUGGAAUGUAAUAUUGUACAGCUAACGGUGAACAAUGUCUGUUUGAUAUCAUAGCAACAGUAAAGCUUAGCACAAUAACAAGCAACCAAAACCAAAAAGCAAGACAAACAAACAAAAAUCAAAACAAUUACCUCAGACGCAAAGGCAAAGCGUCAGUGGCAGAUUGCAGCGCUACGUCAACGACAAUAUACGCAAGCAGCAGCAACAGCAAUCGGUCYAUACUGCCACCGGAGUGUGACAGCAGCGAAUAAUGCGCCAAGACAAGGCACUACAACACGCCAGCCGAACGGCAGCCACGAGCAGCACCCAAGACGAAACGCCAACGCCAGCAACAGCCACAGCAACAGCACAAGUGUCCGCCGCAAUGCUGCAGCAACAACAGCGCGUGCACAAGGCCGCCACACAGCCAGCAGCAGCACCARCGGCUGCACCAGCAUCAACACGGUCGGCGCGUGCAACAAAAGUCGAAACCGAAACCGAARACGAAAACAUGCCCUGCGCGGAGCACCGUGUUGACAUGAGAUGUCCAAACAGUAUUCCACAUGCUGCGCAGCAACAACAACAAAUGUCCAACACAGACAUGGCCUUGAGYGCCGGUGCAGCAUUGGGCGGCAGGAGCGGCAGCGCAGCGACGCACAAAUCACACGGCCAGCAAACGGCAAUGCCAAAUGCAGUGCACGCAGCCACCGCCGCCGAACUGCCAACGACAGCAGCAACAACAAAUUGCAAAACAGUGCACGCCAGUCGCCUGCCAGCAGUUGAUAAGGACAACGAUAACAAAAGCAUGAACRCAAGCWACAGCAGCACAUUGUUGAYACAAAAACAACAACAACAGCAGCAACAACAACAACGAACCGUGGCCACCACAAAGUCAACGCCACCAGCUGCAGAGAAGGCAGACAGCGCAUUCCGCACAUCAAAUAUUUUCGCAGCCGUCUGYCGCGGCUACAGCUGGACCAGCGCCAAGGAUCGCACCAACAGCAAAGCGCUCUUCCAUCUACUAAAUAUGAUUUUUUUCAUGCUGUGCCUCAUUGCGUGCGCUUUGGCGAUGUACAGCAUUGUGCGGCAUUCGCGCAACGAGCAGCGGUUGMGGCAAGUGUUGCAACUGGACGAACGAAUAAGUGCACUGGAGCUGCGGCUGCAAUUAUGUGAGCAGCGCCAACAACCAWGGCAACAGCAACAGCAACAGCAACAUUUCGAUUUGGACACGAACCGGCCGUUAAAUAAUGAGCGUACCAGCCCGGAGCUGGACACCAUCGUUGAUUUGCAUAAUCAGCCAGGGGCGCCACCAAAGCAAAUGUCUGUGGAUGUGACACAAACGCUGCAGCGAUUGUCGCGACAGGUGAGCGAUUUGCAUCGUUUGCGUCGUGAUGUUUCGCAUUUGCAAAUGUCGCGUCGCCAACAGCAGCGCCGGCAGGCGAGUUUGGCGGCGGCGACCACCGCCGAUGGACUACUGUUGCAGACACCGCAGCAAACGCAUUCCGGCGAGUGUGGUUGUACGGCAG